AUGUCCUUCUUCAAGAGACAGGACCCGAACGCACCCGCAGCGAGGAGAGCUGCUCAGGAAGGCCAGUCCUACCAGCCCAUCCAGGACAACAGCUCCUACGCGUCCCAACCGCCAGCACGACAGAGCCCGGCACCUCAGCAACAAUACCCGUCUCAAGGCGCAUAUGGAGGAGGAUAUCAACAGUCCCCGGCGAGGACGCCUCAGCAAUCCCACCCUGGCCUCCCCCCUAGAGGAGCUAGCCAGUACAGCGAAAAGCCUUCGGGUGGUGAGUAUGGCUACCAACCUCAGGUGGCGGCGCCGCAGAGAGGUUACCAGCAACAGUCGACAGGCUCUGGGAGAGGAGUCUUUGGUGUUGCUCCCUGUCCCUCCGAGGUCUUGGCCCUUACCAAUCUUCUCAUCGUCAACCCAGGCGACUUUCCGGAAGAUGUCGAUUUUGUAAAGGUUCGUGGGCGCUACAUCUUUGGCAUCCGCCGCGACAAUGGUGUUCCCAGAGGGACUGUUGGCCCCUCGAGACACAUUCGACAAUGGGUCGGUCUCUCCGCUCACGGCGAAGAAGUGGACAUUGAACCCUUCCAACCCGGAAAUGGCGACUGGGCCAGCUCUGCACAGCUCGAAAUCGGGUUCAGACUCAAGCGCAAGGAAACGCAAGAUCUGUUUGACUCUGAAGAGAUGGCGGCCGCAUUCAUCAGUGCCUUCCCUUCUCUGCCUCUUACACCCAUGCAGCCGCUCGUGUUCGACUACCGAGGACACGAGCUGAAGGCUACUGUGAGAGAGGUGUCUACGCUUGAUGGGGAAGAUGGACGCGCCGGUAUCAUUAUGGAGGGGACCGAGAUCAUCUGGGUGAAGGAGCCUAACAGUAACAUGAAGUUGAAGAAUAGCUCCAACCGUGGUCCCACAAAUGCGAUCCUCACUCCCAACUUCAAAUUCGAAGACAUGGGCAUCGGUGGUCUCGACAAUGAAUUUUCCGCCAUCUUCCGACGAGCAUUUGCCAGUCGAAUCUUCCCUCCUGGUCUCGUCGACAAGCUCGGCAUCCAACAUGUCAAGGGUAUCUUGCUAUUUGGUCCCCCUGGUACCGGUAAAACCUUGAUGGCCAGACAGAUCGGCAAGAUGCUCAAUGCGGGAGAACCCAAGGUCGUGAACGGUCCCGAAAUCCUAAACAAAUUCGUCGGUCAGAGUGAAGAGAAUAUUCGAAAGCUUUUUGCCGAUGCCGAGAAAGAGCAAAAGGAGAAGGGCGAUGAGAGUGGACUCCACAUUAUCAUCUUUGAUGAGCUGGAUGCCAUCUGUAAACAGCGUGGAUCUACCAACAGCGGUACGGGCGUCGGUGACUCCGUUGUCAACCAGCUUCUGUCCAAAAUGGACGGUGUUGACCAGCUCAACAAUGUCCUCAUCAUCGGUAUGACCAAUCGAAUGGACAUGAUUGACGAGGCGCUCCUCCGUCCUGGACGUUUGGAAGUUCACAUCGAAAUCUCGUUACCCGAUGAGAAAGGCCGAUUGCAGAUCUUGAACAUCCACACGACCAAAAUGAAGAACAAUGGAGUGUUGGAUGAUGACGUAGAUCUGGCAGAGUUGGCGGCGUUGACCAAGAACUUUUCGGGUGCAGAGUUGGGUGGUUUGACCAAGAGUGCGACCAGUUUUGCGUUCAAUCGACAUGUCAAGGUUGGAACUGUAGCUUCGUUCGAGGGCAUCGAAAACAUAAAGAUUGGCCGGUCCGACUUUUUGCACGCUCUCGAAGAAGUGCAGGCUGCCUUUGGUGUUUCUGAAGAGGAACUCCAGCAGGUCGUUCAGAACGGCAUCAUUCAUUACUCCAGCAGAAUCAACGAAAUCCUCAACGACGGCCAGCUCCUUGUCGAGCAAGUCCGCAAAUCCGACCGUACCCCUCUCGUUUCUGCUCUGCUGCACGGUCCUUCUGGUGCAGGAAAGACUGCUCUCGCAGCUACUAUCGCAAUGGGUUCCGAUUUCCCCUUCAUCAAACUCAUCUCUCCCGAGACGAUGGUUGGAUACAACGAAGCGCAAAAGAUUGCCCAGUUGCACAAGGUCUUUUCAGAUAGUUACAAGAGUCCUCUCAGUGUCAUUGUUGUGGAUAGUCUAGAGAGGUUGCUGGAUUGGAACCCUAUCGGUCCCCGAUUCUCCAACGGUGUCCUCCAAGCUCUUGUGGUCCUCUUUGGAAAGCGACCCCCCAAGGGCCGCCGCCUUCUUAUCCUCGCCACCACCUCCAAUCGCUCUAUUCUCUCCGACAUGGACGUCCUGUCCACGUUUGACACCGACAUUCCCAUCGCUCCUAUCACCUCUCUCAAACACGUCGAAAGAUGUCUUAGAGAAGUCCAGCUGUUCGAUAACGCGGAGGAUCAGACUCGGGCUGUCGGCAUGCUGAGAGAGGUCAAGUUCGGGCAAGGCGGUACGGGCGAAAUGAUGGUGGGCGUGAAGAAGUUGUUGAGUAUGGCAGAGAUGGCAAGGCAGGACCCUGAUCCAGCUGCCAAGCUUGUGUCGAGUCUGAUCAGAGAAAUCAGUUAG